UCAGACGGCUGUCAGUCAGCCGGAGGACCGCGGCGGUGGCGGACGUGUCACUGGUGUGUUUCCCUACCGCCCGUUGGAGAACGCACGUGACUACCGCGAAGGACAGAAGAGAGUUUUACGUACUUUGUGCCUCGCGAACGACAUUAUGGCGAUGUAUAAUACUAGGAUUCUGUACCAUGGCAUUUUGUUGCUGCUCGCAACAGCAACCACUACGGAUUCGACAAAAUGCUCCCGGAUCAUAGAAGGCACCACCGAGCCGCGCUCCAAUGCCUUGGGCAAAUAUCACUUUUUCAUGACGCUUUUCAACAGGACCGACAUUGCGUACGCUUACAUGCCGAACACCCGAUACAGCGUGGUCCUGAAAGCCGACAGUACCGAGCAAAUGCACCGAAAGUUCACGAGAUUCCUCAUAUCUGCCGAGGCCGAAAACGCAAACGAGACGGCCGAUGUCGGCGUUUUCGAUCUUCAGGAUGACGCGAUGACCAAAUUCGCGGAUAAUUGCGCGAACGCCGUCGUGGAGACAUCCAAGAUGCAAAAAGAAUCCAUAUCCAUUGUUUGGAACAGUCCUGCUGAAGGUAGCGGUUGCAUCCUCUUAAGAGCAACAGUAUUCGAGUCGAUAGACACGUGGUAUAUGGACGACGAAAAUUUGAUUCUUACCAUGUGCCAAGACUCAAAAGCGGAAGCCGACGAUCAAGGCCCAGUCCUUUCUGAGUGUUGUGCCUGCGAUGAGGCAAAAUUUGAAGUCACGUUCGAAGGCCUGUGGUCAAGGAACACGCAUCCAAAAGAUUUUCCAAGCAAGGGAUGGAUGAUCAGAUUUUCGGACGUAAUUGGCGCAUCGCAUACGGGCCAGUAUCGUUUCUGGGAUUACAACGGCCACGCUACCGACGGACUGCGACAGGUAGCUGAGCUUGGUGCGACGCGGAAGUUGGAAUCCGAGUUAAAAAAUCAGAGCGAAUACAUCAGAACUAUAAUAAAGGCAAGAGGCAUCAGUUAUCCGAAUGUAACUGGCAAAACCUUUGCUGUAUUUCGGGUGGAUAGAAAGCAUCAUUUGAUGAGCUUGGUAUCUAUGAUUGAUCCUUCGCCGGAUUGGUUCGUAGGCGUUUCCGGUCUCGAGCUUUGUUUACCUAAUUGCAGUUGGAUAGAGCACAAGGAAUUAAAUCUCUACCCGUACGAUGCUGGCACAGACGACGGCAUUACAUACGUGUCACCCGAUUCGCCGACGGAGCCACAGGAGCCGAUUCGACGUAUCACAUCGACAUACCCGAACGACUCGAGGUCGCCUUUUUACGAUCCGUCUGGUCUGGACAUGAAACCCCUCGCGAAGCUCUCCCUCAACAGACAGCGGUUGUACGAGAAGACCUGCGAUGACGCCGAUACGAAGAAUAAUACAGAAGCUUGUAAAGUUUCGUCUUGGGAAAAAUGGAACGCAUGUUCGGUCACCUGCGGCAGAGGCAUUCAGCUGAGACAACGUCAUUUUCUGAACGAAACUGCGGCAACCGCGAACAGAUGCGGCACGCCUCUCACGAGUCGAAGACCCUGCUACAAUACACAAAAUUCCUAUUGCAAUAAUAAUGGUCAUCACGACGGACUCUUGAAGAGCGAUAGAUGCAAGUUAACCGAAUGGAGCUCGUGGAGUUCGUGCUCAUCGAAAUGCGGCGAGGGCAGCCUGACCCGAUCCAGGAACUUCAGAUCGAAGAGGUUUCGGAAACAGUGCAGACUCGUGCCGAGCGGGCCGGUACUCGAGCAGUCGAUCGAUUGCGGGAAUAAGCCUUGCGAGGGCGAGGACACGGACGAGGUAAGAUUGAAUCAUUCGGACAACGAUCACCAGCACGAGGAUUAUACUGGUGAGAUAGCGGACUGGCCCGGAGAUGAAUGGCUCCAGACGUGUCCAGCUGAUCGCUACACCGAAUGGUCAAUGUGGUCGCCGUGCAGUGCUAGCUGCGGGCCCGGCGUUAAAACGAGAUCCAGACUUUUAUUGAAAAAAGAGAACAUGGAUAAGGACGACGUGAAGUGCAGGGAACAGUAUGCGUCAUGCACAUCCGAAAUUUCGAGCUGCAGUUUUACGAGGGAGGAGGCAGAAAAGAUCUGUAGCGAGCCCUUGAAAGCGGGAACAUGUAAUGGGAACUUGUCACGAACCUACUUCGACAAACAGACCGGCCGCUGUCUUUUCUUUACAUACACCGGAUGCGACGGCAAUCGAAACAAUUUUCCAACCGAACAGGAUUGUUACAAAGUCUGCGGUAAUUUCCAAAGAGAAUUGAGGGCGAAUCUGUCGGCAAUCAUGAAAAACUUGAAGGUGUCCCUUAGCAGCGUCCUCAGCUAUCAUAUUCCCGUUCAGGAGCAACGCAGCGCGAAAGCGAAGAGAGCGCAACACGAGAAGGAGAAUUUUAAAGGCAUUCAAGCGAGCAGUCAGAUAAUGGAAUCGAGUGAGAAUGGCAAAGUGGACUGCCAGGUCUCCGAAUGGAGUAAAUGGUCCCGUUGUGAGAACUGUCGCGGAUAUACAAUGAGCACCAGGCAAAUUAUGGUUCCAGCCGAGAAUGGAGGUAAAAGCUGUCCAAAAAAGAUUCUCCGAAGAAAGAAGUGCCGCAAGCUUCCACCGUGUUCUCUACAGGCUGAUGGAACAGGUCGGCGAUUUCAUCGAGACAAAAAUACCGAUGCCGAGCACGAGAUUUCAGUGGAUUGCAAAGUGACACCGUGGUCAAAGUGGUCGAAGUGCAGCGCGACCUGCGGCGAGGGAUGGCGGAGUAGGGUCAGAAGGGUGACGGUGAAGCCGAGGGGAGCCUGGGCCAAACUCUGUCCAAACUUGGCGGAAAUCAAGAAGUGUCGCAGGGUGGACUGUCCGCAAUAGACAGGCGGAACGUUUUCGCAAUUUCAUCGCUCUCACCAAAGCGAUUUACACGACGCGGUGCGUUCUGCUUCAAACGUUGGAAUUUAUAUGACUAGACUGAUUAAGCGAUUUCCUCUUAGAUACGUCGCGCGAUCGAAAUCUCGGAGCGUUUAGGAGGAGCAGAGGUAUCGGAGGAUUAAGAAUAACACUGGACGACAGCAAUUCUUUUAACGUGAACGGCCGUUUUAAUAGCGAAGGUAGAGUUAACGAGAUAAAAAUCAAAGAGUGAAUCAGUGAUUGAAAGACCGAAGUAAUUAAUUUGACUCUUAACAAAAUUUAUGAUAUUUUAGAUUUUAAGUAAAAUACACGUUUAUAUUAUACAAUUUUGUAAUUAUCUCGUUUGCGUUUAUGACUUAUGUAUUAAACGUGAGAAAUAGCGAAUUAGCCUUUCUGGAUUUUGAAUAUCGAAAUCAAUAAGGAGAAAAAAAAUAAAAAUCAAUUUUUAUCUUGUGAUAUAUACACACAGAACCAACACUUAACUAUAGUACUUAAGAAACAUUGCACGAUUCACUGAUUAUUUUCUAUAGAGAAUAGAAGUUCAUGUUCUUCUAAAACGGCUAUAAUAAGAAAGAGAUUUUUGGAAUUGCUUCUCUCUAUAUUCGUGUCCAUUCUCUGUCCUCCAGUGUAAUUUAUUACGCACAAGAAAAUCACACCAGGCGUCGUUUCGCGACGCUCAUCGUGCCGAUACUGAAUUACGACUUUAUUUAUCUUAAAGCUAUAACACGCGACGUUUCUUUCUCAACAUAUUAAGUUAAGGCAAAAUGGAUUUGCAUUCCAAUGCGUCAGUUGUGCUUAGAAAAGAGAGAAUGUUAGAAUUUUUGCCAUUGUCAUAGGCGAUAAUGUCGAAUAGUUGUAUAGUUUUUCGUGAAGAGUGAAGACAAAUCAUUUGAUAUCUAUCUAAUGGUAGCAAAGGAGUUUAAAUCAGAAUAUAUUGCGACGUAAUAAUAUUAAUGUUAAGUAAGUCGCUCCUUUCUAGCGCGAGUAGUAAAACGCGACGAAGACCACUCUCGUAACGACAACAUUUAUUUAUACGUAUAUACGCGUGUCGUCAUAUUUGUAGCAUUUAUCACGCAUUACAGAUCUCAUUGUAAGACCAAAGUUUGUAUAACAACUUCAGUUGGAAACUGAGAACCACGAUAUUUUAAAAUACAAUUGUAAAAUGCGACGUAGACAUAUCAGUAGUUCGGUAGACAGUAAGCCGUUUGUUUGACGCGUAACGGAAAGUUUUAUUAACAUGGAAUUCUCUUCAUUGACAAUAAUGAAAUUGUAGGUAUGGUACAAAAAAAAAAGCUAUUUACCUGUUAUUCUUUUGUAAAACCGUUAUAAUAUAUUCAAAAUAAAUAUAAUCACUAUAAACAUA